UCCAACCCAAAGAGAAGCAAAAGUUAAUGGUUUUUUAACAAUGAAAGCAAUUUGAGUUUGCAUUUUCUUCACCAAAACGUGUCAUUGAAGCAUUAAAGAGGUCUUAAAAGUCCGCUUUUUAGACCCUAAACUGAGCUAACAGCAUUAACAAGUGCCAGCCAGUUAGUCGUCACCGUGUUCUUUACUCUUUUUAGUUUUUUUGGUCUUUGAACUAAACAAAGAAACAAGUAAUCAAAACACACAACAUAAUCUGUGUGUCAAGAAAUGGGCUUUCUUGUCUCUCCCAUGAUGAGUUUGUUCUCAAAAUUCACUGUCCUGCUGCUUUUUGUGCUUUGGUGCGCUAGUUUUACUUCAACAGAAGCCUAUGAUCCUCUUGACCCUACUGGGAAUAUUACAAUCAAAUGGGACAUCAUAAGCUGGACUGCUGAUGGCUAUGUCGCUGUUGUCACGAUUUACAACUUCCAGCAGUAUCGUCACAUUCAAGCACCAGGAUGGUCACUGGGAUGGACAUGGGCAAAGAAGGAGGUAAUAUGGAGCAUGCUGGGAGGCCAAGCAACCGACCAAGGAGAUUGUUCAAAAUUCAAAGGAAACGUUCCACAUUGUUGUAAAAAGAGUCCGACGGUUGUAGAUUUAUUGCCAGGAACUCCUUAUAACCAGCAGACUGCAAAUUGCUGCAAGGGGGGAGUUAUCAGCUCAUGGGCGCAAGAUCCAGCCAAUGCAGCAAGCUCCUUCCAGCUUAGCGUGGGUUCAGCUGGAACCAGUAACAAAACAGUGAGAUUACCAAAAAACUUCACUCUGAAGGCACCAGGACCUGGUUAUACUUGUGCUCGUGCAAAAAUUGUUAAGCCUACUAGAUUUAUGUCUACAGAUAAAAGGAGAAUCACUCAAGCUUUGAUGACAUGGAACGUUACUUGCACAUAUUCACAAUUCCUGGCUCAGAAGACUCCUAGUUGCUGUGUCUCCCUCUCAUCAUUCUACAACGACACUAUAGUUCCUUGUCCAAAAUGCACCUGUGGCUGCCAAAGAAACAAUUCGGAUUCGGGGGGUUGUGUUGAUCCAAAUGCACCACAUUUAGCUUCGGUUGUUUCGAGUCUAGGGAAUAACAACCCUAUGCCUCUUGUCCAAUGCACAAGUCACAUGUGCCCGAUCAGAGUUCACUGGCAUGUUAAGCUUAACUACAAGCAAUACUGGCGCGUUAAGGUCACAAUUACAAAUUUCAAUUAUAACAUGAACUAUACGCAAUGGAACUUAGUUGUGCAACACCCCAACUUUGACAAUCUGACCCAGAGUUUCAGUUUUAACUACCAGUCAUUAUCUCCUUAUUCAGCUAUUAAUGAUACUGCCAUGUUGUGGGGAGUAAAGUUCUACAAUGACUUGCUUAUGCAAGCCGGUCGUUCUGGUAAUGUUCAGUCAGAGCUACUUUUUCGAAAGGACAAGUCAACUUUUACCUUUGAUAAAGGCUGGGCCUUCCCUCGGAGAAUCUAUUUCAAUGGUGACAAUUGCGUUAUGCCUCCUCCAGAUGCGUAUCCAUGGUUGCCUAAUGCAAGUUCACGCCAGCUUACUUCACCGCUUAUGCUAAUGAUAGCCUUCUUUUCUGUUUUGGCUUUCUUAUAUGGAUACGCGUAGACUGUCGAGGUUCACUAAACGAUGCGGUAACCAACCUAACAAAUUUUUUCGACUGGAUCUGCUUGACCUGAUUACAUAUUGGAAGCAAGGUGAAAAGUUUAUGGCUAUAUGGGAUGAUAUUCGGCAUUUCACUGGCUUCAAAAUGGUGUGUUUUGUUUCAGUGCACAACGGUUGGUGCUAAUACAUUGGUGGAUGAAUUCACUGCUAUUUUGUCACUUCUAGCUGUUGUGCUUGCAUGUAGUCCCUGUAAUAUUAUCAAUCUUGUUGGUAGAAUUUCAAUGGCUCGAGUACCAUUACAACAUAAAUAAAAAGCAAUAAAAAAGAAAACAUUUGCACAAA